AUGAGGUACCUUUGGAUGAUUGUAAACAAAGACGAAUCUUCUUUGUGGUCAAGUUGGGUUCUUCGUACCAUUAUUAGGGGUAAACAUUUCUGGGCUCUUUCAAUCCCUUUUGACUGUUCCUGGAUUUGGAGGCAAGUCCUUACCCUUCGUGAUAAAGCAAGGAGCCACAUUUCUUAUGACAUUGGAAGGGGUGACUCCAUCUCGCUUUGGUUUGACCCAUGGUUCAGGGCUACACCACUGGCCACUGGUAACUCAGACCCUAUUAUUGCUUACACCUACUCGACCACUGGAGCCCGGGUUAGUGAUCUAAUUGUGGAGGGGGAAUGGCGUUUACCCUUGCCAAACCUCAACCAAAGACACCCCAGUACCCGUUUUGACACUUGGGUGCAUGAUUUUGAUUACCCGCCAGUUCACCCCUCUCGCGAAGACAGGAUUCUUUGGGAUGGAAGGGCCUGGCCUUUGGUUAAUGUCAGAUGGCUUUGGGAAUCCUUGAGAGAUCAUAGAGAUGUGGUUGCUUGGUGGAAGGCAGUUUGGUUUAAACAUGGAAUUCCCCGGUUUAGAACACACUCCUGGUUACUUUGUUUGGGCAGAUUGGGGAAUCUUGAUAGGCUCAUUAAUUGGCGUAUCUCGACCACUCCAUUUUGUUAUCUAUGUGUGGGGGGUAAGGAGAAUCAUAACCACCUAUUUCUUCAUUGCCCCUAUGCAUCCUUUGUUCUAACUCAUUUGCUGCGGCCUAUUGUUAUGGUGACCAUUCGUCCCAACUGGGGGUGGACUGAUUUACUUCUUUGUUUGAUGGGGGUGGAGAGUCCUACUAGACGUCUGUUGAGUCUCCUUGCUGUACAGAUCUUUGCUUAUCACCUUUGGAGAGAGAGGAAUGCACGAAGGCAUGGUAAAGGGGUUUUUGGACCCAAGAAGCUACUGCAUGGUAUCAUCACAGAUUUGAGGGCACGGGUCACUUCUGAGCCUUGGUUUACUGCUGCUAUGAUCACUAGUCCUCAGUUACAGACUUGUAUUUCUUACUUUGAUUAG